GAAGAGUGGACAGAACCUUCGCCGCCCUUAACAACUGCUGCGAGGCUGAAUCCUGCGUUAAACCCGAUCGGUAUUCUUGUUCUGCAGUGUCCUCUCUUCGUCGGCACCACCAACAGGCCAGCACCAAGACUGCUUAGAAAAAUGGAAGGUAAUGGAUCCAUCGACAUGUUCUCAGAAGUCCUAGAGAACCAGUUCCUCCAGGCUGCUAAGCUCGUGGAAAGUCACUUGGAUUCAGAAAUUCAGAAGCUGGAUCAGAUCGGUGAAGAUGAGCUCGAACUCCUCAAAGAGAAGAGACUGGCGGCACUCAGGAAGGCCCAGCAGCAGAAACAAGAAUGGCUUUCUAAAGGACAUGGGGAGUACAGAGAAGUUGCCAGCGAGAGAGACUUUUUUCAAGAAGUCAAGGAGAGUGAAAAAGUGGUUUGCCAUUUCUACAGAGACACCACAUUCAGGUGUAAAAUACUAGACAGACAUUUGGCAACACUGGCCAAAAAACAUCUUGAAACCAAGUUUUUGAAGCUGAAUGUGGAAAAGGCGCCAUUCCUCUGUGAGAGACUGCGGAUCAAAGUCAUCCCCACACUAGCUCUCCUGAGAGAUGGCAAGACACAAGAUUAUGUUGUUGGAUUCACCGACCUAGGAAACACAGAUGACUUCACCACGGAAACUUUAGAGUGGAGACUUGGUUGUUCUGACGUUAUCAGUUACAGUGGAAAUUUAAUGGAGCCACCAUUUCAGAGCCAAAAGAAAUUUGGGACAAACUUCACAAAGCUGGAAAAGAAAACUAUCCGAGGAAAGAAAUACGAUUCUGAUUCUGAUGAUGACUAGACUGCUGUAUUUGUAAAGCAUCUGUUUGUUUACGUCAGAGUUAAGUGUCUUUCUGAAGUCCUUGAUUUCGGCCCAUUGACCAUCUGGUCCUCGUAUCCCAGAGUUUACACUGCUUCACCACAUGGAAGGACACCAUUACUAUUUGUCUGUGGCCAUCGUGUGUAGCUUGAGAGAAACAGAUAUCUUAAAUUACCUGGAAAGGGUCUGGAUUCUCUAUUUUUGUGAUUGUUUUUAUCAUAACGUAAUUCUUCUAUCUUUAUACCACUCACACUUGUGUUUUUAAUCUGCGGAGUUAGCAAUAGAAAUUUAGCAACUCUUAAGGACUUAAUGAGUGCUGUCUAUACAAACGGUGUGGGAGCGUUUCCUGGUGUCCCACAUAUACCUGUCAGUGAGCCCUCGCUUCAUGGAGUGUGUUUCAGGAGCUAUUAAAGACUUGCCCGUGUGCUCUGGGUGCAGCAUGAUGACUGCUGAGAGCAGCAGGACAGUCAGGUCAUCAGCUCAUUGCCUGAUUUAAAGGGUCCGCAUUACAUGCUGAGACAUGCAGUAAGAAAUAGUUAAGAAACAGUUUUUGAGAGGCCGCAUGUGGAACUCCAAUGGCUGCUGGUACAACCGUUUUAGAAUAGUGUGGUGCCAUCUAAUGAGAUGGCUCAGUGUAGGGGGCACUUGCCACAAAACUUGAGGACCUGAGUUCAGUUCCCAGGACCCACUUGGAAGGAGAGAAACAAUUUCUGCAAAUUGUCAUGGAGCACACACACACGUAAUACAGUAGAUCCAAAUUGUCAUGUAACACACGUAAUGCAGUAAAUACAAAUUGUCAGGUAACACACAUAAUACAGUAGAUACAAAUUGUCAGGUAACACACAUAAUAGAGUAAGUACAAAUUGUCAGGUAACACACACGUAAUGUAGUAAAUACAAAUUGUCAGGUAACACACAUAAUAGAGUAAGUACAAAUUGUCAUGUAACACACACGUAAUGCAGUAAAUACAAAUUAUCGUGUAACACACAUAAUACAGUAAAUACAAAUUGUCAUGGAACACACAAUGCAAUAAAUACAAAUUGUCAUGGAACAUAACACACGUAAUAAAUACAAAUUGUCAUGGAACAUGUAAUACAGUAAAUACAAAUUAUGUAACAUAUUGCAGUAAAUGCAAAUUGAAUUUUGAAAGACAAUUUGGGAUUCGGAAGCAAUCUAAAGUAGGAAAGAAGAGGGGAAGUGUAGGACAAACAUAUUAAUAAAUUAAAAAUGACAUAAAGAGGCUGGGGAGAUGGUUCAGCAUUUAAGAGCACUUGGGUUCGAUUCCUAGCCCCCACAUGGUGGUUCACAGCCAUGCACUAGCUCAGUUCUGGGUGAAUCUGAUGCCUUCUGACCUCCAUGGGCACCAAGCACAUGUGCACUUGCGUACAUUCAGGAUACAUACACAUAAACUAAGGCAAAUCUAUUUUUAAAAGAUAUAAAAAUCUAGUUCUUUGAAGGCAACAAACCUGUUCUGAGCAGGUGAGGAAAGGCAUAGCAGAAAAGAUUCAAGGAAAAAUUGAAGUGGCCAACUAUGAACAUCUUUAUACCAAUAAACAAGGAAAACAGACAGAAUCCUAGAAAGACCAAUUAAAAUAGAAGAAGAAAUAUAUAUAUAUAUAUAUAUAUAUAUAUAUAUAUAUACAUACACAUAUAUAUAUGAAUGAGCAGGGCUCUAAAGAGAUGGCUCAGUGGCUAAGAGUGCACAUCUGCUCUGGCAGAGAACCCAGGUUCAGUUCCCAGCACCCAUGUCAGCAAUAGCUCAGGCUCCAAGGGUUUAAUGCCAUCUUCAAGUAUCUUCGGGCACUUGCUCACUUAAGUGCAGACUCACAUACAUAAAGGGAAACCUCUUCUAAAUUUGGGCAGAACUUACCUCUAUAAAUAGCAUUUCUAAUGAAAAAGUACAACACCAAAUGACUUAUACUCAUAAAUUCAACAAAAACAUUUUUAAAGAAUGACAUCAGUUUUCACAAACUUUUACACCUCAAACAUAAGGGAUAACUCUAUCUCCUGCUAGUAACUCUAUCUCUUAGACUAGUAUUAAGCUAACACCAAAGCCAGACUGCAACAUCAUAAAAUUACAGAUCAAUAAUUUUUCUGAGCACACAAAAAUGCUAACUAAAGCCCAGUAAUAUAAGAAAACAAGAUUGUAUCUUAACCAUGCAUAUACCCAAAUACAGACAUAAACAUACAUAAUUGUCUUAAUAAGCAGAAUCUUGGGUAGGGUUUUUUUCUUUUUUUAGACAGGGUUUCUUUAUGAAGUCCUGGCUGUCCUGGAACUAAAUUGGUAGACUGGGCUGGCCUCUACCAACCCAGUGCUGAGAUUAAAGGCGUGUGCCCCCACCACCUAGCACAAUUUUUUUUUUUUAAUCAAUGUAAUUUCAUCCUGUAGCUACAGUCGGGAAGAAAGUGGGGAUGGCUACCCUGACAGAGCAGACCCAAGCAAAGUCAGAGACAAGACAGUUGACAACAGACUCGAAGGUAGACUCCAAGCUGCCUUUGUGACUCUCACCAAAGAGUGAGUAGUCUAUGCUAAAGAGAGAGAUGGGGUGCGAUUCGGAAAUCCGCAAAGGCAGUGUGAAAGCAUGGAAGAAAGAUCUAGUGCCUUACAAAGCAGCCCGAGGGCUGGAGAGAUGGCUCAGAGGUUAAGAGCCCUGACCGCUUUUCCUGAGUUCAAAUCCCAGCAACCACUUUGUGACUCACACUAUCUAUAAUGAGAUCUGGUGCCCUCUUCUGGUGAGUG